AUGGAACUCAGGAACACGCUGCUCGGAACGACGUUGCCGUCAUUGCCGGCUGUCGCCGAUCCUGCUCUAGAUGACCAGUCGAGACGCCAGAUGGAACUCCGUACUGGGACUCUUUUGGGCGCUUCCCGCCAUUUCCGCUUCCACCUUUCCCGGACUCGUCGACUUGUUGAACGUGGUUUCAAGGCCAGCCAAACCCGAACCUUCGGAGUCGCACCACGGUUUGCCCCGUCAGAGCGCCUAUACCUCUGCUUCUGUCUCGAUGGCACAUAG